GGAGCCCUUCGCCGCGGCCAUUGGCGGGGCGCGGGCGGCGCUGCCAUGGCGCUCUCCGGGGCGCCCCUCAGGGUGUGCAUCGUGGGCUCGGGGAACUGGGGUUCUGCGGUUGCCAAAAUAAUAGGCAAUAAUGUAAAAAAAUUGCAAAAGUUUGCUUCCACAGUGAAGAUGUGGGUCUUCGAGGAGAAUAUUAAUGGGAGAAAACUGACAGAUAUAAUAAAUAAUGAACAUGAAAAUGUAAAAUAUCUCCCUGGAUACAAGCUGCCAGAUAAUGUGGUUGCUGUCCCGAACCUUAAUGAAGCUGUACAGGAUGCAGACCUGUUGGUUUUUGUCGUUCCUCAUCAGUUCAUUCAUAAGGUCUGCGAUGAAAUCACAGGACGAGUACCCAAGAAAGCUCUCGGUAUAACUCUGAUAAAGGGAAUAGAUGAAGGCCCAGAGGGACUGAAACUGAUCUCUGACAUUAUUCGAGAGAAGAUGGGAAUAGACAUCAGUGUGCUGAUGGGAGCAAACAUUGCCAAUGAAGUGGCAGCAGAGAAAUUCUGUGAAACCACAAUAGGCAGCAAAAUCUUGGAAAAUGGCCUUCUCUUCAAAGAACUCCUGCAGACUCCAAACUUCCGCAUAACUGUAGUAGAUGAUGCGGAUACCGUUGAGCUCUGCGGUGCUCUGAAGAAUAUAGUGGCAGUAGGAGCUGGUUUCUGUGAUGGCCUUCGUUGUGGUGACAAUACCAAAGCUGCUGUUAUUCGCCUUGGCCUAAUGGAGAUGAUUGCCUUUGCCAGGAUUUUUUGCAAAGGACAGGUGUCUACUGCCACUUUCCUGGAAAGCUGUGGAGUUGCUGAUCUCAUCACAACGUGUUACGGUGGCCGGAAUCGACGUGUAGCAGAAGCAUUUGUUAAAACUGGAAAGUCUAUUGAAGAAUUGGAGCAAGAAAUGUUAAAUGGUCAGAAACUGCAGGGACCACAGACAUCUGCAGAGGUGUAUCGCAUCCUCAAGCAGAAAGGAAUGCUGGACAAGUUCCUGUGUGAUUGCGGCUGUGUUACAUUGUGUUUGUAGUGUUUGGAGAUGGUUAUGGUUCAGCAGCAGAUGUAAGCAUUUCAGAUCCAUCAGAAACUAGAGAACGAUCAGGAACACCCACACCUGACUACACCUGCCAUGUCUGUCUUCCAAAGUGCUCCCACGUCAGGACAGCAGUCACUGCCUCAGGUCAUGGACAGUACAGUCUGAGAUCUUAUGACAUCACCUGAAUCCAUCACGUGCAUCCAGCAAUGCUUGUUUCUGUUGCAUCUUCAAGUUGCGAGAGGAAGUGGUGAGUGCGCAUUGUGCUGUUUUCUCAAUGCCGACAUCAACUAAUGGGGAGUGCCACAAGUACUUGACUAGGGGCAGCAAUUCCACUGAUGCCUCUGUGCAGUCUGCUGUAGAGGCAUGAGGGAAAUGCCAUCAAAUCAUGAAGUUCUUGUCAGCAUUUUCACAUGUGCAAUUGCUCCAAGACUUGUGUUCCUACUAGGGAUAGGUGUGAGCAGGAAGGUUGCAUUAUUUUAAGUAUAUCUUCCUCAAGGAUGUGAACAUGGAUGUGAGCUGUCUUUGGACAGCUGAAUUAUGAACAGAUACCAUCUUCUGCAUUAGCUGUAAAAUCCUUGCUACUUGGUCACGUGAGACAGAGACUACAGCUAUUGGUUUGUGGCAUUUUUUUACUUAGGUUUCUUGUGAAUGAAGAUAAUUCAGUUUGUUAGACGGUACUGAGUUGUGAAGCACUAUACAGUUAAGGAGGUAUGGGCUUUUUUGGUGAACAGAAUAACACACUGUCUCCCUGAAAGCCUGCCAUAAAAGGAGAGCAAUGUCCUAUUUCUUCAUUUACUGGUAGGGAUACUGAGACAGGUAAGAUGGUUGCCCGGCUGUGACAGGAUGCAUUUUAUUCUUAAUUUUAAGCCAAAGUUUUAGCCAUUAGUUCAUUUCUCAUUGUACUUACAAUUCAAUGUUGUUUUUAAUGUAAGGGUACAUUAAAUGAACUGGUAGAAUAAAUAUGUAGGUGUAUUAAAAGUACUGUGUGAAUUCUAAUAAGUCUGAGUGAAUAGGAAGGUAAAAACCAUCACAAGAGAAUUAGGGUGGAUAUAUUUCUUUCAUGGGGGCAUUGUCUUCUGUAGGGAUAAUGCUUUCUCGCUGGAUUGGUGCUUAUCAAGUGGAGAUUUUGGUUGUCUGACUGUAAGUAACACACAGGCUGACAGGAAUUCUCUUUCACGUGCCCUGUGCUGAUGCCUGCUCACCAUGUUCCCACUCCGGAUUUCACUGUAAGGCUGGAGUCAUAUGAGCGAAGUACACAGAUAUCACAUGGGCUGAUGAAUGCUGAAAUAAAGCAUCCCGAAACAUGUAGCAUUUCUUAUUAUUGAGUGUAUUGAAAAUGAUUUCUCUUCCACCUGGCUCCUGGCCACACUUGAGUUUUUCUCCAGUGAUUUGCAAUGAGCUAAUGGAAAUCUGAGCAUGAGAAGUUAACACUUCAGUUUUGAAUAAUGGAUGAGAAGAGUAUCUGCCUUCAAUCCCAGAACAUGCAAAGGAGAAUUAUCUGGCGUUUGGUUUAAAUGGAGCCUACUUCUCUUCUCAGUCUGUUCUUAUUUGAUUGCAAAUUCCUGCCACCAUGCCUUGUGUAGGUACUUCAAAUGCUUUCCAUCCUGCUCUUACAGAAAACAAUUACAGAACUAGAUUUUAAGAUGAGGACAGUAGGGUAAGAUCCAACAGAAUGGCAGCUCUCUCAGAGUUCCCCAUUCCUCCGUUCUCUUUAACUAUUUAUUAUAUUUACCUGUUGCCUACAGUAUCUGUUUUAGAGAGAUGCUGUAAAGGGUAAUUGUAGGAAGCACUGGGAACCAUAUGUUGAUUAUUUCAUUAAGUUACUGGAAGCAGCAUGAACUGCUGCUUUUAAAUGUACGACUUUCUUAUAACUCACACCAUAAGAAUUAGUGAAUAAUAAAUUAAGCACAGUUCUUGUAUGUGAGCAGUCGUGAUGUUCAAAUGAGGAGCUGCCAAAGUCUGCUCAGUAUAAUGCAUAUUACCCUCUGUGAUGUUCAUGCUUCUUGUGACUAAACUGCGUUUUCUCACCUAGGCCCAAGUCAUUCAGUAUAUUUCACCCUAGGGCUUUUCUUCAAAUCUGUUCCAGUUUCCUUCUCUUCCUUGCAUAGCUGCUUCUAAACACAUUACUGUGUAGUGAACCUUCAGAAGAGUUCUUCCUGUCAAAAGGUGGGUUUGUGUACACGUACAUGCAUUUGUGCUCAUCUGUACAGCUAAACCCAUACGUGCCAUUUACUGAAAGUCUGUGCAUGCAAGUAAUCCUUGCAGGGGGCUGUGAAUUCUUCUCAAGUCUUGAGAGAGGCCAUCAGGAGGAACUCUUUAGCUGCCCUGGCACUAGCUGUUAUCAGCCAUAUGUUUAAAGCUUCUUGGCUAUGGAGUUAAAGCACAGACCUUCCUAUGAUCUCUUUUAGGGUGGCACUAAGACAGUUUGAGUUAACUGGAAACAUUGCUACUAUUUUGGGGAACAGUAUUAUAAAUACACCCCAAGUCUCUGAAGCUCUGAAGUGCUACGUGUGUACAAAUAACACACAUUCUAUGUUUAGAUGAAAACGAAUGACAUUUGUUGAACUAGUUUGCCCUUUCUUUCUCCAAGUUCAUGUUCAUUAUAAAUCCCAUUUUAAAAAAUGCUAUUGCUUUUUGCCAUAGAAACGUACUGCAGCUUUCAGCAGGGUGGAUUCUUUCUGAAUCUUUUGUGUUUAGAGGACUUAGGAAAUAUCUUGCAGUUUAAUUACUCAACACAGACAUGUGGUAGACUCUGAAAGCACAAUGGGGGAUUUUUAGUUUGCUGUUUUGCCUUUUUUUAAGGGUGAAGAGAAUUGGAAAGCAAGCCAAAUCUGGUAGCAAGCACUGGCAGGGUUCCUGAUACGUGUAAGUAGUAAUAUGGAGACAUUUAUGAAGCAUUAGAUACUUUUUAAAAUGCAAACUUAAAACACGAAAGUAAUUUUGUCAGCUGUCCGGUAACUGUGAGGCAGUUUUUUAAAGAUGCCAUUCUUUGUGGUACCUGCUGUCUGUAUUGUUGCACCAAUAAACAAAUCAUCACGCGCUGUGACAUACGAUUUUGGAGGCUCCAUGCUCACUGGAAAGUGCUCUGUGUUGUGGUGACUGAACAGAGGCAACCAAGGUUGUGCCUGUUCAGAAAUUCUUCCCAUUUCCACUUACUCUGCAGAGUCGCAUUUGAAUGUGACCACCUUUGUUUGUUUGUUUAAAUGUAGACCUCAGCUGCAUAAUCUUCUUCAAACCUGGAGCUGGGUGGUAGUUGCACUAGCACUGGUCCUGCCAGUCUCCCAUUGUCCAAGUUCAGUCUUACCCUCAGAUUUUCUUGCUCAUCUGCAUUUUUUUCAAGGUGUAGGCUCCUAUAGAGAGGGAAUAUCUUUUGUCAUAUGUUGGUGCCCAGGAGAGAUGCAAAGUAUGGAAAAAGAUCUUCCAAGAUUUUAAGCUGCUGGUUUGAAUCCUUCUUUGCAUCUUUAUUCAUACGUUCACUGCUUUCAAGCAGCAGCAGCUCAGGUUUUCUUAGCGGCACUCCCUGGGGCAGGAGCAGCUGCUCAGGCUGGGAUAUGUGAUCAAACCAAAGCCACAGCAGCCAGCAAUCAUCUUCACCCAGCAGAGUGCUUAAACCUUGUAACAAAAGCUGCUUAAUUUGUUUUUAGUGCAUCUGCAUUCUGGAGCCAUAGUAUCCUACAUAUAUGCUUACGGUACUUCACCAUACUCAUUCAAAUAAUCAUUUUUUUUUCUGAGAUUUUCUCUCUAAUGUAGCCAUGACUGUAUAUUUUUCUAAAACUUUGAAUUCAUCCGCGUAUAACCAUUACCAUUUGGCAGAGGAAUGUGCAGUUCCCAAGCGUGACAUUUUCCAGGUGUGGCCUUUCUUCCGAAACACAAUGUGGUUGGCUUCACAAUGCACGGCACUGUAGAGCAGCAGAUGAAAAGAGCUGUUUCCUAGCAGGCACAGUUUGCUUUUAGAAAGCAAUCAGAUCAGAUCUGCAGUGAGGGAAGAGAGUGGCCUGGGGCUGAGCUUCCCACCCUUGUAUGUAAGUUGUUUCAAAUGUCAUUUGUAUAUACUACCCGCGGAGGAGAGAGGGAACAGAAUUCAAAGUGUUGCACUGCUUAGAGAGUAGAAGAGACAGAGUGAGACCAGUGCAAGAGCUGGUAAGCCAAGGACAUGCAUUAAAAUACAAGAGUCCGGGCAGAGCUGUUGGAGAGCUGAUUUAAGCCCCCUUUGGUAUGUCGUUCUGCAUCAGGCACAGCUUCACAGUAACGCAGUUCUCUUCAAAACUAAAACCUGGAAAAUGUCUCCUCAGCAGCAUAGCAGUUGCUGAAGUGCAGGGGAGCUUCCACAAGCACACUCAAAAUAUCCGCAUGCACAGUGAGAGAGCAACUGCGGUUGAAGUUCCCCCUCCCUUCCACGUAUCAAUCUUCAAGUAAUAUAUGGAAGACUUGAGAUUAGAAAAAUAUGCUGUUCAUGCACUCUAGACAGGGGAAAUAAGCACUUGGUUCACUUCGCAGUGAGAUCGUGAGAGAUCAGAAGAAUGCAGAGAUACUCGGGAGAAAGGCUGGCAAGAGGUGAUCUGUGAGCUGCAAGCUCCGUAGGGUAAAGACCCCAUUCUUUCUCACACACGCUGCAUUUAACAGGUGAGAAGUAAUCAGAAGUGUCGCUUGCCUUUCCAUCAGUUUGUGAUUUUCUCAAAACUAAUUUAAGAUGGAUUAAGUCUGAUGAAGCAGUCAGAGAGAGGCUCUCAAAGCAAAGCUCCUGAAAAUUCUGUUCCUGAAAUUCCGAGGGAAUCAUCUUCCCUCUGUUCAGAACUAGAAGUGGAAGCCCCGGGGAAAACAAGGUACGCGUAGCUCCAGCUAUUAACAUUUUUAUGUGAUCUUAACAAUCAAAUGAGCUGCGGCCUGCUGUUACCAGAGGUUGAAGUCAAAGGAUAUAAAUUGUGAAGAAUGCUCCAGGGACACUCCUGAUGUAUUUUUGUCUGUCUGAAAUAGGUCCUGGCCCACAUGUCAAGCCUGUGGGCUGGCAGUGUUGCUGGUUCCUUCACCUGGGAAUGUGCGCAAUGUGCAAGCUCUCCUUUAGCACAAAGCCAGCAUAACUGGUUUUCUCAUUGCUUUUGUCAUCAGUUCAAAAGUGAAAAGUUAGAGGAUUUGGUUCCAUGAUUUGUAAAUUGUCACCUAUUAUGGUGCUGGGGACAUGAAAAACACUUGGUGAGCCGAGAGCAUUUAGAUAGAAUGUGUCAGGUCAGCACAGGAGCUGAGUAAGGGAUCAUUCGAGGAGUGGUUAGCUGAUACUGGGAGCCCUAAACAUCUCUGCUUUGCUAAUGUUGGCAAGAAUUUGCGUCCAAAGUGGAUGGGCAGGUGGAUUUUAGGAAACGGGGUGGAACACUGGUGAAGUAUAGCUCCAGAUACCUUGUUUUAAUCACUAACUUGGACUAGAUUGAUUUAAAACUCAUAACAAAUGGGAACUCUGCACCAGCUAGUUAGACCUCAGAUGAGUUCCUCAUCAAUGCAUCACUAAAACCGACGUGGUUUAUUGUUGCAUAAGUUACAGGGGACAAAUAUGGAACCUGAACUGUUCAAGGGAGAAUGCCUGAGUUGGGAUUGAAGCCUUUCCUCUGGGCUGUUAAAGGGAGGAUCCUGGGAUUGUUGAAUGUGCUGAAUACAUCCUAAAGAACAGGUGAAUUUGUUUCCCAGGGUUGCUUGCUGUCUAAAUGUCUCUGUGUGUCAAGUACACUUCUGUAAGGAAUGGAGACGUGCACGUGCACAGCCAGCCAUUGAACAGGGAAAAUUGCCAAGUCUGAUUUCAGUUCGGAAGUAUUACAGUGCUAACAUAAGAUUUAUCUCUAUUCUGUGCAGCAUUCUUGGGCUCAAUCCGUCACAAGUCUUUGUUUAGCUAGGCAGAGUUUUGGAAUUAGUAUUUUGAUUUCCAAAGUAUUAUCUGGCUUGAGGUGAUUAGUAAAAUGUAUAGAAAUCCAGGAAGCAGAUCUCCAAGAAUAGCUCUUUUGCAUGUGCUGUUCUUCCUAAUAUGGAUUUGGAAUGUUUGGUAUUGGUGGUCUUUGGGGUUGGCAAGCUUUGUAUAUUCAGUACUGCCUUUGAGCAAGCACAGCCUAGUCCCUCUGCGUUAGUCUAGUAUCUUCAAUUGGUUAUAAUGCAUUGAUGGCUUUUUCCAGCACAGCUUAUGUCAGGGGACUCACUACCAACGUAAAAAUGGGCUGCUUCUCGAUGUAGUGCUAAUGGAGAAAGUACACCUCUCUGCUGCUUGUCUUACGGUUGAUGCUUGCAAAAAGUUAUUUUCAAUCGCAUUCAUUCUGCUUAUGAAAUACUGUGAACCAACAGAGUCUUUUUCCAGGCAGGGACACACACAGAGCAAGUAUAUGGGAGGUAUGCAGUCCUUCAAGUCCUGCCUCUUUAUCACUUCCCAAAAUAUGGAAGUGGGCUUGAACUGCAUCACUUGUGCUGCACACGAGGCACGCUGUAUGCCUGCUGCCCCUGAGUUCCCCCUUCCUGGAGAGGCAGCUGUGCAUGCUUGCAGCUCCCGCUAAGCUCUUACAAGAAGACAUAACCACAUACUUGGCACAGGUGCCUUUACCAGCAGCUUUUUUUUUUCCUUUCCUAUGCGUGUCUCUCUUUUUGUUGAUUGCCUUACAUUCAGUUGCUUUACAGAUGGGGUUACUUUGAAGGCUGGAGGAUUUCAACUAUAAGUAAUUUUCUUAAAUUCCUCAUAAUUUAAUGUGAUAGAAUAUCCCAGUAUUGUGCCUUGUUAUUUAUGAAGGUAAUUUAUUAAAUCCUGUAUUUUAGCACUGAUAAAUUUGUGUAACCGUGUUACCCCUAUUUCUCUUACUGCUGAAUUAUAUGCAGAAACCUUGCAGUAAUGAAUCUGCACAGUCCAUAGAAGUAGGCUUCUAGAACAAGAAGGAUGAUUGCAUGCAAGAAAUAAGCUCAGAUUUCAUCGAAGCAAUAACUGGUUUGAAUACGUCCUUGCUAACUGAUGUUUUUCCUUGUACUGCCAGCUUGAACAACUAAUCACGAAAAUAUGAUCUCCUUGAUUAGUACUUCACUGUAAUAGUAAUCAUAACAUCAUUUAAACAGGUAGCACAGAAAUCCGAUGCAUGACCUUCAUUUGCACAAACCGAUACUGUUUGGUUCCUGAGCCUCUGAUUGAAUCCUUCUGAGAAAGGCCAAUAAAAAUUGUUUGAUUGACAUAUCAACUGCUUCUGUAAGAUGCUAUAUUUGAGAUAUUUAGGGAGGGGCCUGGAGGUGGGGUGGGUGUUAUUUUUUUUAAUACUUGUCCAGGCCUAGGAGACAAUCCUUUAACUAUACAGAUGUGUGUGUUUACAAACAGUUUUCGGAUGCGCUAAGAUGAAGGUUACACUGUGACACUAUCCUCAUCAUUCUGCAAAGUAUUCUCACCUCUUGGUUAAUUCCUGAUCAGGAACAGGAGAAGGACGAAAAGAUCUGAAAUUGAUGUAAAUGUUAAGAAAGCGUUGUAACUGACGAUACUCUCUUAGUAGAAAAAGGCUACUUGGAGUAAAUUGACCUUAUAAAUAACCCUGCCACAGCAAGUAUUUGCAGCAGGGUCUGAGCCUUCUUGAAUGUGAACAUCAUCCGACUUCAAAGUCCACAGUAAACCAAGCUUCUGAACUGUGAUGCUUAUGGCGAUGGUUACGUUAUAACAAAUCUCCUGUCAGAAUUGUCUCAUAGUUCAACCUAAGUCAGACAUUCAUGAAUAUACGGUGGGUUUAAUUCACCUUGAUAUUAGUAAUUAGAGCCCCAUCUAUCUCAGAGUAUCCAAAUCUAAUAGCACAAUCCACAGGGCUGUGCCAAUUCACGUUACAUUCAUAUUCAAAUACCUAGGUAAUGAGGUUGCCUUCAAUAGAAAGGCUGUAUUUUAGCUAUAAUAUGAGCAUUUAGUAAAAUCCUUCUUGGUAUGUUUUUCAUGGUUCAAAGAGCUUAGAUAGUCUAACUCCUAUCAGCUCUUCUCCUCCUAAAAUCCCCAAACGAAAACCUUUUCUUCUGAAAUUCUCUUUUCUCUCGCUGAUCUAGCAAAGAAGCAUUAUCCAUGCUCAGUAGCUGGUUAGUAGGGUGGUAAAUGACUUGACAGGAUAAGCUUUCUCAAGACAUGUCAUAAAUGGGAUAAGCCUUUGUUCUGAGGAAAUUCCAGUCCCUCCAAAACACAGCCUGUCUCCCAUCCCCUGGCUGCUCUGCAGGCUGGCAUGGUGCACCAUUCUUACACCGUCCAAAGCCUGCCGUUUUCAAAGCACACUAAGUGAAUUAAGAAAUUUAACAAAAUCCAUCUUCUGAUUCCUCUGAAAAUCCCAGCAGGUGUUGCUGGAGAACACACUCUCUUCCCCCAAAAUACGUGCAGUUUUAACAGAAAAAUCAUUCUCUGCUAUUUAUCUGUUUCUCUGGCUUCCUAUUUCUCCUGCAAUAGCUGCUUUCAGGAACCUGGAAUAGAAGCACAUACAAAGUGUCUUGCAUCACUGCACUUAUUUUUUCAUGAACUGGCACAAGACUUAGCCAGUGUGAGCAGCUUUGCAUGCUGCUCUUGUGCAUAUCUGCAACACUAAUGCUUUGAAAACAUCCAAUAAUAGUUUAUAGACAUGAGAAGUGUUCUAUGUAUUCUGAAAUGCUAUUGCAUGCAUCUGGGUGUCUUUGACACUGGUCUACUGUCAAGGACUGAUUUGAAAAUACUGAUACCGUAUCUCUCAGUCAUUUGAGAUUUCAGACCAUUAUGUGGUCUAAAGUGUUCCUGUGUUAAAAUUUUGUUCUUUUAAUCGAUAGAAGUUAAAUGUCUUUAUCCCACAGAGAAUGGCUGUGCAAACCAGCGUGAAGAGCUGUGCGGGACUGUAAAACAUCUGCCUGCAUUUCUCUGCCUUUUCCUUCCACUGCUGCGUUCUCGAAGAUGUAGGGCAACCUCCUGCCAGGCAUUCUCCUCUCCAUCACUUCAGCCCCCUGUGACUCAGCAUUUAGACUGUUAACCUCUCCCCAGCCAGCUGCCACUUUUCUCAGUAGAUCCUUCAGCCACAGAAAAGGACCAACUGCCACAAAAUCAGGCCUGUUGUUCUUCUUCUCUUCCUGAUUUCUUCUGACUUCACCUAACCCUCAAACUUAGAAGAGCUGAUUCUUAUGCAAGCACCAUCCUUACUGGGAAGAGACCAUAGAUGCCUUCAGUGAAAAUGGUUGUACUGUAGAACACUAGUCCUCGUUUCUGCUGUAGAAAUAUAGAACUGUAGAAUCAUUAAGGUCAGAAAAGACCUCUCAGAUCACCCAGUCCAACCACCAACCCCUACCACCGUGCCCACUGACCACAUCCCUCAGUGCCACACUCACACGGUUCUUCAACACCUCCAGGGACAGUGACUGCACCGCCUCCCUGGGCAGCCUGUGCCACUGCCUCACUGCUCCUUCUGAAAAGAAAUUCUUCCUCAUAUCCAACCUGAUAAGUGUUAAAAUGGUAGCAGGAGUCCUUAUACAGCACUUAAGGCUAGUGUGGAACAACUGGAGGAAAAGAUCUCCCUUGAUAGUUGUCGAUUCACUGUUUGUUUUCAGGUAAUUAAUGAAAGUCUGAACAGUUCCGCUGUGAUUGCCUCACAGCUUCAUCCAUGACUGGGGACAGCACUUACUGUCUCCUCCUAUCUUCUGGCGUCAGUUUGCUUGCAGGCUUUUUUGAUGUUUAGUUCUCUUGCUUUGCUGUGCUCAGUGCAAAACCUUGAAAUGUCUGAGACCUAAAAUACAUGAUCUAUUAUGCUAAAUCGUUAAGAGGUGAAUGGAGCUCGCUCUGUAUGUAUAUACACAUAGAGAAGACAUCCAGUAGCUGACAGGUACAGCAUCACCAGAUAGCAUGGCUGGAAGCUGAAGCUGGACAAAUCCAGACUGAAAAUAAAGCAUUUUAAAAAUCUACUUCAGGAUGGUGACCCCAUGGAGAACAUUCAUGAGUGUGCCUCAGGGACAGCCUGUCUGAACAUGCAUAGGGGAUAAAAAGCUCCUUCCUCACAUGAUGUGACAGGACACUUGAGUAGCCAAGUGACUUGUGAUCCGCAGGUGUGAGGAGGUAAGGCCACCAGCUGUGCUCAGAGCUGUGCUUGCAAGCUCACUGUAAGACAGCUGAAGACAACUGCAAAGCAGCCUUUGAAAUACAAUAUAUACAAUACAACCACAACAUCCAUUCUGAGAUUUGUACAUAGACUUCACACUUCUCACUUUUAUCUCUUCCCUUAACUGAGUAGGUGCACUCUUUGCCCUGAAGUGUAUGUGUGUAGCAUGCAGGGACUGUGAAGUACAGUUCUUCUCUGAAGGAAGUAAGCAGCUUUUCCUCAACACACUAUUUAAGGCACGGUUGCGUUUGGGAAGGAUUCUUAGGUUCCCAGAGGAGAUGGAACAGCUGGUGAAAGCCUAAUGCACAGAAAACACAUGGUUUAUUUACUUUGUGACUUCUUUUCUUAGCACAGUCUCCUUCAAUGAACAGUUUACUUAGUCUCAUGGUAAUGUGUUUCAAAAGUGGAAAAAAAAAAAUCGAAAAGCCAGUAUGUUACUGUUCAUAGCAUGGACUUAAUUCUUUAUAUGGCAAUUCACGUGUAAUAAGGCAGCUUUUUGACAGGUAAAAUGCCUGUGUGUCUCCAGUCCUGUCUCUGUUCAUGUAACGCAGGUAAACUUCAUGUGUAGAAAGAAAUAACUGAAAGAAAAGGCACAUGGAGCGUAAACAGCCAAUUUUGUAUUUUCCUGCAUUAGGGCAGUAACAUUUGUAUCUGGUGGUGAAAUCCCAUGCACUCUUAUUACUCAGUUGGUGGACUUUGUGUUAGUAUUGAUCAUGGGUUCAUGAAUUUUGGGGUGUCCAAGCUGCAGAGCCAAACAAAUACUGUGUUCAGUAACCUCACGUACAAACACAAAUCCUUCUAUGGAUUUAAAGAGCAAGAGCCAUUUUGAAAAUGAGAGGUUAUCAGCUACUCACUCUCUCUUCAGCAACGUUAGAAGAGCCAGGUAUCUUGAUAAUGAAAGCCGAUUUUACUCUACUAAAUGCUGGUUUGUGCAGAGUCAUUUGUCUUGACUGAUCACUGGCCGUGCUUAUAGUAUGUCUCACUACUGAAGUCAAAGUCAAGUAUUGCUGGUUUGAGCUAGUGUAAAUCAGAUUUUCUGUACAGCUAGGUAAGCUGUCAAAGAGUCAUGUAUGUUAUUAAUUAUUUACUCUAAAUACACAGCUCAAAGCCUAUAUGUUGCUGGUUCCAAAAAGCCAUUAGGAAGUAUUCCAAACAUAGUUUUAACACUUGAUUUAUUGCUUGCUGGAAAUAUCUCAUCCUCAGAUGAGCACAGUCGGAUAUCAAGGGUGAAAAUAUUUGGCCUGGACAUCCGACGCUGAUCCCUAUUCCUUACAUUUAGCCUAGGUUCCACAGCAAAUACAAUUCCUUUCUUGUUCUCUUUAGAAUAAACUCACUUAUUUUUCUUAGAUAGCUCCUACACUGUUAGAAGACAUAACUUUUUGUUCCUGACUGAAAUGUCCUGCUGACUAAUGCAGAGUUUCAGCCACCUUUCCUUUAUCUGUUCACUUGUUUUGCUUUGCUAACUUUGACAUUUGGAAGUUCUGAGAUUUGGGAGGGGUGAAGGGAAGUUGUAUUUCAAAACCAGAAGAACAGUUCAGGAAAUUCCAGUCAUCUCUGCUCCUUGGUCGUGUGAGUAUACUUUAAUGAGCACUUCCAGUUGGCCACAUUGCUGCUAAUGCGGCAGUUCUGGAGAGCUCAGUCAGAAAUCUCAACAAUGUGGAUUCCUCAGGAUUUGAGACCCAAACCAGCUUAAGUGGAAGAAUCUGUUAAUUACAUAUCAGGACAUUUCAGCAGUAAUUCCUUUACUUAGAAACAUUAUAAUACUUUUAUCAGCUCUUUUGCUUUUACUAAAACAAUUAAACAGAAAAGCUUCGACACAUUGCGUAUUUGUUUUCUAAUCACAGUUUACUUUGUGAGGAGAUACGGGAGUUGACAAACAAAGGUAAGAAUCCUGACUGGUGUUUGAAAGGCUCGCUAAUCCUUCCCUUGAAAGGUCCAUUUAAAAUACAGAAAAUGGGCCACCUUCUCCUCUCUUGGUAGUUCUGUAAUGAAAGGUUGAUUGUUCGAGCAGCAGCAUUCGAUUAUUUUGCUUCUGAUGCUAUCUGGGUGUAAAAAACUCCAGCUAAGCUCAAAUGCUCCCUGCAGGCUUUUCAGUCGGAGCCUUCAGCAUAGGAUGCGAAACAAAAAGCGAGAGCUUCAAAGUUAACAUUCUAAAUGUAAUGGGUGACGCUGUCAAGUUAAAGGAUGAAAUUUGCUUCCAGAAACGUGAGCAAUUUGGAAAAGCUUCUACAGCAUUUGCUGUUUUUUUUUUUUUGUUUGUUUGUUUGUUUUUUAGUGAAACUCAUUUGUUGAUUAUGUUUGCUGAAGGAAAUGUUGCUAAUUAGGGAAGUCAGAGCAGCAGGUAGAGUUCAGAGAAGUCGCCCAGCAAUGUAGCCAUCCACUUCUUGUUGAAUUAGUUCCAAUAUUUGACAUCCUCAGCAGACAUUAAAAACGUCGGCUAUAUUAAUAGUUUUAAUACAGUUGAAACAGAAAAUAAAUCUCUCUCUGCA